AUGGCAGUAAAAGAACAUCUAUGUAAUAUUAAUUCAUACAGUGUUAUAACCACACAUUUUAGUGAGUUAAAUGAUAAUAAGAAAGUGAUAUUAAAUAAGAAGAUUUUAAUUAAAGAUGGAUUAAUUACAUAUAAAUUAGUAGAUGGAGUUAGUGAUAAUUCAUUUGGAAUAGAAGUUGCUAAAAUGGUGAAGUUCCCACAAGAAGUAAUUGAUAAUGCAAUAGAUUACAUGAAAUAA